ACCUGUUCUUCUCUGGACAUAUUUAUGAAUGCACUGGCAUGGACAGAGUACCUGGACAAGGUCAAACAGACAGCCUGCAAAACUGUGCAGCCUACUGUGAUUGUCAUUCUAUAUAGUCCUCCUGCUGACACAGGAUAUCAAGGACUUCCAUCCUGUUUUGGGGUUCAAGUUUAGAUGUGCGUUCCUGGAGGGAAAGACUUAACCAUCUCCUCACUAGCGCAUGCAGUGCACUCUAGUUGGCAGCCACGAAAAGUGUACCAAAGGAUGAUAUGAGAUGCCAUGAAAAAAGAGAAGAGGAAUAAAUCGUUGGUGCAUUGGUGCAUUGGUGAUAUGACCACAUCCUAGAUGGAAAUUGUUGUUUUUGACCAGUUCCACAAGACUUAUUUGGAGAUUUAAGCAACAUCAUAUUAUUUUUAAUUGUGUUGGAAAAAUACUUUCAUUCUGCGGCGGACUAAAAAAGUUUUUUUUUUCCUUCCUCCCUUCCAGUCUCUUCUGCAUCCAGACUCCUGCGGAACGGACAAUACAGAACCCCACUCCGAACUGGCCUACAAGCACUCUGCUAGUUUACAAAUAUGUUGAAUUAUAUCAUGCAGGAGCCACACCAUUACAUGACGGUCAUGUGAAAGAAACAAUUUAAAGGAUAUAAAAGAAGAAGUGCGCGCUCUCGGCUAAGCGCAGCAUCAGCACCAGCAUCCGAUGCGCGUCCCCGACCCGGUAGAGGCUGCCCGAAAUCCCGGGAAGAGGAGUUGAAGCUGCGCGAGUUAAAGUUGGGCUAAAGGGAGGUUAGAGGAUGCUGCAGAACAAUCUACGAUCUAAUUAACAUAGCAUAUGCGGAGAAACGUGUCCUAAGUGAAGGAUGACUUGCAAAAUACUGAGCAUAUGCCUCUUAUUUUUGGGUUUUCAACAUUGCUCAUCACGAGAAUGCGUUGAUCCGCUGAUCUCUGGGCUCUAUGCCUCUUCCUUCCUGGCCUCCUCCAGAUACAACUUUCUUUACUCUGCCAAUUUUGCCAAAUUGUAUGGCAGCAGUGGCUGGUCCCCAUCCCCCAGGGACAGACAGCCAUGGCUGCAGGUAGACCUGGGCAGGAAGUAUCGACUGGUGGCCAUUGCCACCCAGGGGACCUUUAACUCAUAUGACUGGAUCACCAAGUACACCCUGCUCUAUGGAGACCGACCAGACUCCUGGACACCAUACAUCAUGGAUGGAGGAAACUCUACGCUGCCUGCAAACUGGAAUUAUUAUCAGAUAAAGAGGAAUGUCUUCCAUUACGCCUUUACUGCUAAACACAUACGCCUGCUGCCUCUGGCGUGGAACACAGAGAAUGGAGGGAAGAUCGGUGUGAGGCUGGAGCUGUUUGGCUGCCCUUAUGAUUCUUAUGUGCUACAGUACAACGGGGAUGACUCAGUGGUCUACAUGUACCCAGAGAAGAGGUCUCGUACACUACAAGACCAUAUCGCCAUAAACUUUAAGACUCUGGAGCAGGAUGGUCUGCUGUUACACAGUGAGGGGAUUCAAGGAGACCUGUUCACCUUGGAGCUGAAGAGAGGUCGUCUUUACCUGCACAUCAGCCUAGGAAGCAGUGUAAUACACAAAGUUGAUGGCCGAACUACACUAACUGCUGGCAGCCUUCUUGAUAAUCUACACUGGCACUAUGUCACCAUCAAGCGCUAUGGUCGACAGGUGAACUUCACAGUGGACAGUCACACAGUCACAGCCAUCUGUAAAGGAGAGUUUACACACCUGGAUCUGGAUACGCAGUUAUAUGUAGGAGGUGUCAUAGAGCAAAAUAUGCAUCACCUGCCCAGUACACCAAAUUUCCGGGGCUGCCUGGAGAACGUCUUCAUCAAUGGCGUCAACAUCAUUGACAAGGCUCAGAGAGAUGAACCUGACAUCCGAAUCCCACGAAAGAAAAAGAUGCAUUAUGCCUGCAGGGACAUUCUGCUCAAACCAAUGACUUUUGCUGGGCCCAACAACUACCUGCAGGUGCCGGGCUUCUUUAGGAGGCCACGUAUGUUCGUGAAGUUUAAGUUCCGCUCAUGGGACUACACUGGGCUGCUAAUGUUCACACGAUUUGCUGAUGACCUGGGUGCCCUUGAGCUGGGCCUAAGCGAGGGACAGAUCAACGUCACUAUAUUCCAGCCUGGGAAGAAGAAACUCCAGUUUGCUGCAGGAUACCGGCUAAAUGAUGGUUACUGGCAUUCAGUGGAUUUGGCAGCCAGAGACAGCCUGCUGACUCUCACAAUUGAUGAGGAGGAGGGCUCUCCACUAAAGAUCACCAACCCUUUCACAAUUCGGACGGGAGACCGCUACUUUUUUGGAGGUUGUCCGAAAACCAAUAACACAAUAAGGAAGUGCGAGACUAAGCUGAACCGCUUUCAUGGUUGCAUGCAGCAUAUCUUCAUAGACAACGAACAGCUUGAUAUUGACAUUAUUCUGCAACGACAAUGGGGGCGCUAUGCUGAGCUACUGUUGGGCACCUGUGGCAUCACUGACAGAUGUAGUCCAAAUCCAUGUGAACAUGAAGGCAGAUGCAUCCAGUCCUGGGAUGACUUUAUCUGUCUGUGUGAGAACACAGGCUAUAAAGGAGAAGUGUGUCACAUGUCGGUUUAUAAAGAGUCAUGCGAGGCCUACAGGCUCAGUGGCAAGUAUUGGUCUGGAAACUACACCAUUGAUCCUGAUCUCAGUGGACCGCUGAAACCAUUUCAAGUGUACUGCAAAAUGAAAUCAUAUAAAGCUUGGACAGUGAUUCUGAAUGACCGUGUGGAUGGUACCAAAGUGACUGGGAGUUCAAUAGACCGGCCGUAUAUAGGAGAUGUCAACUACUGGAACGCCUCCUGGGAUGAAGUCACUGCUCUAGCCAACACCUCCGUGUACUGUGAGCAGUGGAUCGACUACUCUUGCUACAAGUCCCGUCUCCUCAACACCCCCAAUGGAAGACCUUUUGGUUACUGGAUUGGUCGUAACAAUGAGAGUCACUAUUACUGGGGUGGAACAUUCAGAGAGGUCCAAAAGUGCGGCUGCGCUAUCAACCAAACCUGCACCGAUCCCAAGUUUCAGUGUAACUGUGAUGCUGACUAUAGACAAUGGUACUCUGAUAAGGGCUACUUGGACUUUAGAGACCAUCUGCCUGUGAAGAAGGUGGUAGUCGGGGACACCAACAGGACCGGCUCAGAAGCACAAUUUACUGUCGGGCCCCUCCGCUGCCAUGGCGACAGAAACAUCUGGAACACCAUAGCCUUCACCAAGCCCACCUACAUAACCUUCCCCACCUUCAGGCCAGGCUCCAGCGCUGACAUCUCCUUCCACUUCAAAACCUAUCGUGACCACGGUGUCUUCUUGGAGAACUCUGAUGACCAACUUCGAAACUUCAUACGAAUAGAGCUGAAUACCACCCAUAACCUUGCGUUUAUAUUUAUGGUUGGUGAUGGCAUCCUUAAUGUGACUCUACACUCCCCGGUGCCGCUCAAUGACAAUGAGUGGCACUUUGUUCAGGCUGAGCUUAACGUGAAGCUGGCCCGCAUCAAGGUUGAUUAUCAGCCUUGGGCUGUCACACGUUUUCCAGGUCAGACCUUCGUCACCAUGAAGUUUACGCAUCCUGUCCUAGUAGGUGCAGCCAACCGCACCCUGAGACCUUUCUUGGGGUGUCUUCGAGGGUUGCGGAUGAACGGUGUUCCUCUUGAUUUAGAGGGGAAAGUAAAUGAAGAACAGGGUAUAAGGAGGAACUGUACUGGAGAAUGUCUCAAUGCUACCAUACCAUGCCGAAACGGCGGCCAGUGUAUUGAAGGCUAUGCUUGCUACACUUGUGACUGUAACAACACAGCUUUUGAUGGUUUCUACUGCCAUAAAGACAUCGGAGCCCACUUUGAGAUUGGCUCGUGGCUGAGAUACAACAUACGAAAGAAGCCUAUAUCAGACGAAGCAGCAUGGGCCAACUGGAUUGACCCGCAUUACGACAACUUCAGCCUGGGCUACAAUGACACAGCAGAUGACAUAGAGUUCAGUUUCAGCACCGUUCACACGCCAGCUGUGUUGCUCUACAUCAGCUCCUUUGUCCAAGACUACAUUGCUAUCAUCCUCAAGACUGAUGGUAGUGUAGAUCUGAGGUAUAAGCUGGGACUCAUAACACACAAGUACCAGUUGACUCAUCGAAACCUGGCAGAUGGAUACCCCCACUAUGUCAACAUAACCAGACACAACAGAACCAUCAAAACACAGGUGGAUUACAUGGAGCCCAUAGUAGAAAAGAUAACCUUAGUGGAGGACGCCAGAUUUGACUCUCCAAAGUCCAUGUUCCUGGGCAGAGUAAUGGAGGUUGGCGACAUUGACUAUGAGAUCCAGAGGCAUAAUGCUCCCGGCUUCAUAGGCUGCAUAUCUGGGGUAAGAUACAACAUCUACGCCCCUUUAAAGGCCUUAUUCCGUCCAAAUGAAACAGACCCUCCAGUAACGACACAAGGCUACGUGUCUGAGUCCAACUGUGGCGCCUUCCCUCCUAUCCUGGGCUAUGUACCAUGGGAAGUAGACCCCUGGUUUACCACCAUAGAAUAUUUUUAUAUCCAUGAUGACCUAGGCCUGUUUUGGAUAACAGUCAUUGUCAUCCUGGCACUGCUGCUGCUCUUUGGAGGCCUGUACAGCAUCUAUGUCUAUGCGUAUCAGCAGAAAGGCAGCUACCGCACCAAUGAACCCAAGAACCUGGAGUCCCCCAGCAGCUCCAGGCCGCUGACUGAGACCUUGAGGAGAGAAAAAAAGCACCUCCCGGAAAUUGAAGAGGAGUUCAGGAGUGACUAGCAUCACAGGACCUUUAGGACAGUGGGUGGGGUUUGACUGGGGGUUGGGGAGAGGGAAAUAGCACUUACAACAACCACAGAUACCUGCAUUAGGUUUUCUAAUUCUUUCAUUCUCUUUUUUUAUAUUUUGGUUUGUGUUCCUUUUCCCGGGUAAAGUGGAAUUAGACCCCUGGUGCUCUACGUAGUACGUAUUUUGGUAAGGGUUAAAAGUUCACAUCAAGCCCAAUGUUGCGUGAGUAGCCAACAAGUCUCACACUGUAUUGCAGGGUGAAAUACUGAAGUGCCUCAUCUGAGCAAGCUUGAUCUGAAGUAACAUUAUAGCUUAUUCAGAUAGGGUUUAGAUUAGACACUGUGGGAUCAGGAUUUAAAGUAUGUUAAGUUACAGUUGGACCAUCAGUUUAAUGUAUUCUAACCCUUUUAUUGAUUGAUUUUUCUUUCUUGAUCAAUUUUUGAGACCGAUAAAAGCUACCAAUAUCCUACUGUAUAGAUGUAUUGCCAUCUAAGAUAUACCUUUUGGUGACAAUCUCUCAUCUUCAUCUUGGGUUUGAGCAUUAAACACAUCUGAGAACUAGUGAACUUAACUAGUGCAACAAAAAUCCAGAUCACCGAAACAAAACUGGUGUUUAUGAAUAAAAACAACCAACCGAAGAGAGAACACACUGGACAAGCAUGGAGCUUUGAGAUGUUAAGCUUUGAGAUGAUACAUUUAAAGAUUGUAAAAGGUAUAUAUGCUUAUAUUUGUUGUAUGGCAGCCUAUAACAGUGCAUUACCUAUACAGAAUGGCACACAUAAGUGGUUCAGAAUUGCCAUAGUGUCAGUAGAUAGCAGCUUUGCCGAUCACAGUAUGCUCAGAUUCCUAAACACAUUCUUAACUAUGGGGCUUCAGAAAUGAGAGUGUGAUGAUAUGAAGAUACUCCUCUAGGUGUGAAAGCUAACAGGCUGUUGGUGUACUGCAGAAUCAAAACAAAAGUUGAGGUGAUGAAGCUCAGCAGAGACAGGGUGACCUAAAUAUCCAAGUCCUCAUUCCUUCUGUCUUACUUCUGGUUGCUUAUAUUAUGGUCAAGCUGCCAACAGCUCGGUGCUACAGAGAGUUUGACUCGGCAGACAUUUCUAAGAACAAUAUUACAUAAGAAUCUCACAAUCCUCCCGUCUCCAAUAAUAAUCAUCUUUCAGGAAACCGCUGCUCCAUGUGGCCGUGUGGAGAAGCAUACAUAUGAACAAACAUGCACACACACAAUAACAUAUGUACAGUGGACCACAAGAGUGUAAAUGCUAAUCUUUUACUUCUAACUCAUACUGCUCAAAUACUUUUGCAUAACGCUGUAGGACAGUAGCCGACCACGCUGACAUCACUGCUGUUGCUCAUUUAGCUGCUUCCAGUGGGAAGUUGAAAAUUCUACCUAUAUAGUCCAAUGAAAUGUUCUUCUGUGGCAAGAUGAAAUUUCGUUUGAUGUGUGGUGCAACCAAAGCUUCAGGCUGUCAUUAUCACCGCAGCUCUCCUUGAUACUGAAGCACUAUUGUGUAUGUGAAAAAAAUAGGAAAAAAACAUUUGUAACAUAUCAGCUAGAGCAUGACCGCACUUUGCAGUAACAUGCAAUAAUAUGAGCUUCUUUCAGCCACCAAUGAUAUUAAUGUUUAAUUUGCAGAUGCACAAUAGCAAGUAGGAUGUAAUGAGUGUAUACGUGAAUAUAUGAAUAAUGUGUUAAGCGACUUUUAUAUUCCUAUGGUUUACAUAAAACAAGUUAAAAACAGUUAAAUGGAGUGCUUUGAAUGUAAAUCCUCUGACUCUGUAAUGUAUGAGCAGACACUACAGUGAAGACCAGCUCAAAUGUUUUCACUGUAGGCUGCUUAGCACUGAAAGUAAACUAAUCCAUGGUAGCUGCUUAGAAUGCUCAGGAUGAAGAAAGUAAAGUACUUGCUCUCUGUAGCACAAAUAGCCUACACCUCAACAUUGUUGGCUUCUUCCGUUGCAGAUGGGCAGGACUGUGCGAAAUUGACA